AUGAUACUGAUCACAGAUAUUAGUCGCGUACACAUGUGCAACAGGUCCACGUUCACGUCCCGUGGCACCAUUGUAUUAUUGGCAGUUGUUGAUGCAAAAUAUAACUUUUUGUACGUAAACAUUGGAUGUCAAGGAAGAAUAUCCGAUGGAGGGGUCCUCAACAACUGUGAAUUAAACGAAAAAAUACAAAAUAAUUCACUGAAAAUUCCUGAGCCCACUGCCUUGCCAGCAAGAACGGAAGAAGUUCCAUUUUACUUUGUUGGAGAAGAAGCUUUUGCUUUAUCCGAAAAUAUGAUGAAAGUAUAUUCAGGAUAUCAUGAACGUGGUUCUAAAGAAAGAAUAUACAACUACUGA